AUGCGGCGGGACGUUUCCGUUCCCUGGGGGAAUAAUAAUGUCACUCCGCAACCACUCUCGACCCUAGUGACCUCUGCUUCCUCUCUUCCAUACUGAUACCCUUCAUUUCUUCUCCGUCUAUUCCUUACUUCAAACCGGUCUUAAUCGCCUAGACUCAAUUCAUCCAAACAAAGGCGGACAUGGUCUACACAGCUUCCUUCGCCUUCUUCGAGGCCAUCUGGGAGGCAGGCAUCACACACUGCUUCGUCAACCUCGGGUCCGACCACCCCAGCGUCAUCGAGGCCAUCGUCAAGGGCCAGAAUGAGAAGAAGGGCCAGUUCCCCAGGAUCAUAACAUGUCCUAACGAGAUGGUCGCCCUGUCCAUGGCAGAUGGCUACGCUCGACGGACUGGAAAACCACAAUGCGUCAUCGUGCACGUCGACGUAGGAACCCAGGGUCUAGGCGCCGCCGUCCACAACGCGUCGUGUGGCCGCGCGCCUGUCUUGAUCUUUGCCGGCCUGUCGCCGUUCACAAUCGAGGGGGAGAUGAGGGGGAGCAGGACGGAAUACAUUCACUGGAUCCAGGACGUGCCGGACCAGAAGCAGAUCGUGGCGCAGUAUUGUCGAUAUACUGGGGAGAUCAAGACGGGCAAGAAUGUCAAGCAAAUGGUCAACCGCGCACUAUCUUUCGCUACAAGCGACCCUAAGGGACCAGUCUACCUAUGCGCAGCCCGCGAGCCCCUGGAAGAGGAUCUCACUCCAUACGCACUCGACCAGCAAUACUGGAGUCCCAUAGAACCCGCGGCGCUCUCUUCGAGUGGUGUUAAGACCAUUGCAGAGGCACUCGUGAACGCGCAGGAACCCCUUAUCGUCACCGGCUUCAGCGGGAGGAAUCAUGCCGCUGUGGAUGAAUUGGUCAAAUUGGCGGACAACGUCAAAGGUCUUCGCGUUCUCGAUACCGGAGGCAGUGACAUGUGCUUUCCAGCAAACCAUCCCGCCUGGCUAGGUCUCCGCUACAGCAACGAAGCCGCCAUCAGAACCGCCGACGUGAUCCUCGUCCUCGACUGUGACGUCCCCUGGAUCGACACGCAAACGAAGCCCAAGGACGGCGCAAAAGUCUUCCACAUCGACGUCGACCCGCUGAAGCAGCAGAUGCCCGUCUUCUACAUCAAGGCACUCCAACGCUUCCGCGCAGACUCGUACGAAUCCCUCUCCCAGCUCAAUGCCCACCUGACCGCCACCUACGCGGAGAAACUGUCCAGCAACGUCUUCUCCGACCGCUGGACCGCGCUACAAGCUUCGUAUAAGAAGAAACUCGAGGCCAUCGCCGCGGAGGCCAAGGUCGACGACCAGGGCCACUUCGGGACCCCAUACCUCACGCAGCAGCUCAAGAAGCUGUGCCCCGAAGACACUAUCUGGGCCAUAGAAGCCGUGACACAGACCGGCUUCGUCGCCGACCAGAUCCAAGCCACUAUCCCAGGGUCCUGGAUCAACUGCGGCGGCGGGGGUCUAGGAUGGUCGGGAGGCGGCGCGCUGGGCAUCAAGCUCGCGGCCGCGGCGGAGGGCAAGAACCAGUUCGUGUGCCAGAUCGUCGGCGACGGCACAUACUUGUUUUCAGUCCCCGGGUCCGUGUACUGGAUCUCUAGGCGCUACAAUAUCCCCAUCCUGACCAUCGUGCUGAACAACAAGGGCUGGAAUGCGCCGCGGCGGAGCAUGCUGCUUGUGCAUCCUGACGGCGAGGGCAGCAAGGUCAGUAACGAGGAGCUCAAUAUCAGUUUCGCGCCCACGCCGGAUUACUCGGGCAUCGCGAAGGCGGCGGCCGGAGGCGAGAUCUGGGCGGCGCAUGCGAGUACCGCAGAUGAUCUAGCGAGGCUGUUGCCUGAGGCUAUCAAGAGCGUGUUGAGCGGGACGAGCGCAGUGCUCGACGCCCAUCUCGAAGGUCCGGAUGGGAAGUACGGAGGUGGGAAGUCGGUGCAAAUCGGUUAGACGUUCUGAAAUUUUCUUGGAUAUGAUUCACGUAGAGAAAUAGAGAUUGAUUGACUCUGAUCCGUGGUUUUUGAGGGCAUCUAUGGAUUCUUGCAUUGACACGAUUUCGGAUGGUCGUGAUGGUCGACGCUCCCGGUUCGUCCAAUGAGGAUUCUGAGUAUCUUCAGCCAGGACAACGGUUUGUUGGAAUUAUGAUCCAUUUU